CACUGUGAUGGGUUCGCCCAAGCGCAUGGGCUUGCUCACGAUUCUGCGGCCCGCUUAGAUUGAUAGCUUGCUUAAAUUGUAAUAUGUGCGAACUGCAUAUUACUUCGAACCCCCACAAAAUAAAACACGCCGCUAUCAGUUGGUACAGGUUAGCAAACACCACCUAACCUGUUUACGAGUCCCCUCCCCAACUCUUCCACCGCCGUCCCUGCGUACACCCGACAAUUCAAUUGGCUGUCGGCGCCGUCGAUUACACCCUCAGUCCCGUUAGUUUCAUUGUGGAUCUGCAGCAGAUACGCCAUCAUCUGUUACGCUCGGCGGCAGGGACGGGGGACAAGUGGGAGCGCAUUUAUACGCGAAUCUGUAAAUUACUGUAGAAGCUUGAAAUAACAUCCUAGCAGAAGUGUUUACGAUGGAAUGCAUAGGCCUCACGCACUAGACGCCUUCUGUUCGGGGCCUCUGUUUUUGCUGUGCACAAAGCAAUGUGGAGCAAAUAAAGAUCCUGAUACACUGAAACAAGAGAAUUUAGAUAAUGGGCUGUGUGCAAUGCAAGGAUAAGGAGGCCACCAAACUGACAGACGACAGGGACACAAGCGUCUCUCAGAGCGCGGGGUACCACUAUGGGGCCGAGCCCACGCCGCAGCACUACCCCAGCUUCGGAGUCACCGCCAUCCCCAACUUCAACAACUUCCACGCCCCCGGCGGCCAGGGCAUGACCGUGUUCGGGGGGGUCAACUCCUCCUCCCACACCGGGACGCUGCGAUCCCGCGGCGGGACGGGAGUGACGCUCUUCGUGGCGCUCUACGAUUACGAGGCCCGGACGGAGGAUGACCUCAGCUUCAGGAAAGGAGAGAAGUUCCAGAUCCUCAACAGCACUGAAGGAGACUGGUGGGAAGCUCGCUCCCUCACCACCGGCGGCUCCGGCUACAUCCCCAGUAACUACGUGGCUCCGGUGGACUCCAUCCAGGCUGAGGACUGGUACUUCGGUAAACUCGGCCGGAAGGAUGCAGAGAGGCAGCUCCUGUCCAACGGCAACCCCCGCGGCACCUUCCUCAUCCGGGAGAGCGAAACCACCAAAGGUGCCUUCUCCCUGUCCAUACGAGACUGGGACGAUGUCAAAGGAGACCACGUCAAGCAUUAUAAGAUCCGCAAGCUGGACAGCGGGGGGUAUUACAUCACCACCCGGGCCCAGUUCGACACUCUGCAGCAGCUGGUCCAGCAUUACUCCGAGAGGGCUGCCGGCCUGUGCUGUCGCUUGGUGGUGCCCUGCCACAAGGGGAUGCCCCGCCUGGCCGACCUGUCCGUCAAAACCAAAGACGUGUGGGAGAUUCCGCGGGAGUCGCUGCAGCUCAUCAAGCGUCUGGGGAACGGGCAGUUUGGGGAGGUCUGGAUGGAGAGUGCGGAUGGUUUGUGCUUUAAUUUAACGGGAGUGUGUGUGAACAACUCACCCGAAACUGUCGGCCUGGCUCACGAUGCAUGGGAGGUCGCCAGAGACUCGCUUGAGUUGGAACUAAAGCUGGGUGCGGGAUGUUUUGCCGAGGUGUGGUAUGGGACGUGGAACGGCACCACCAAGGUGGCGGUGAAGACGCUGAAGCCGGGCACCAUGUCGCCCGAGUCCUUCCUGGAGGAGGCGCAGAUCAUGAAGAAGCUCCGGCACGACAAGCUGGUGCAGCUGUAUGCCGUGGUGUCCGAGGAGCCCAUCUACAUCGUCACCGAGUACAUGGGCAAAGGAAGCUUGCUGGAUUUCCUGAAGGAUGGAGAGGGUCGAGUGCUGAAGUUGCCCAACCUGGUUGACAUGGCGGCUCAGGUGGCGGCGGGCAUGGCCUACAUCGAGAGGAUGAACUACAUCCACAGGGACCUGCGAUCCGCCAACAUCCUGGUGGGUGACAACCUGGUGUGCAAGAUCGCCGACUUCGGCCUGGCCAGGCUGAUCGAGGACAACGAGUACACGGCACGGCAAGGUGCGAAGUUCCCCAUUAAGUGGACCGCCCCGGAGGCCGCCCUGUACGGGAAGUUCACCAUCAAAUCUGACGUGUGGUCUUUUGGAAUCCUGCUCACGGAGCUGGUGACAAAAGGGCGGGUACCCUACCCAGGGAUGAAUAACCGGGAGGUGCUGGAGCAGGUGGAGCGGGGUUACCGGAUGCCCUGCCCGCAGGACUGCCCCAGCUCCCUGCAUGAGCUCAUGGUGCAGUGCUGGAAGAAGGACCCGGAGGAGCGGCCCACCUUCGAAUACCUGCAGGCCUUCCUGGAGGACUACUUCACCGCUACCGAGCCUCAGUACCAGCCCGGGGACAACCUCUAAAGCCGAGCUUCCAGCACCGUGACGGACCGCAAACAUGUACAGCUUCCAAAACGUGUCCAAAACCGUCGCCACUCCACCCCCUCCACCCCCCCCCAGCUCCCGACACAAGCCCCCACUCUGAGGGAGGUCGGACUCAAACAGACUUUAGGCAGGAGGUGUUCAGGGUUCUGCUGUCUGAUCUCUGUGGCGAAACGGAGGCGGGGAGGGGACCGGGGUGUCGUUGGGGUUUGUGAUGAUGCAAUGAUGAAUCGCCUGUAUUCAGUGUAAAUAUUAAUUCCUUGUGUACUUACCCUCUGUUUGUCUGUUUUUUUCCACUUAGGAUUUUUUGUUUUAUUUUAUUUUAUUUUUUUAAUUUGGGGAUUUAGCUUUUUUUUGUCCAGGGCAAUUAUAAUGAUGCUGAUACUAAUGA